AUGCCACAUGGCUCCAUCUCCGAGAGUGAGGGGAAGUUUUCCAAGAGAGGUCACACAUUCCCGCGAUCUUUCUUCGGACUCGGAAUUGUGACGGCGCUUGUUUGUGCCAUCUGUGUACAUGUGCAAGGUGCACCCGCCAAUAAACAGUCCUGCUCCUUCUCCUGGGUAUGCCUCGAAAGGAUGUUGGACCUUCCGAUAACAUCGGACCACCUCCGCAAUGCCCAGCAUGAGGAAGUCGGCAAGUUGGACGGGUCAGGCCCCAGGUCUCGCAUGAUUUUGGUCGGUGGAACUGCCCUCAUCUCCUUUGCCCUGGUGAAGCGAAGCCGGGCUGUCAAGAGAGCUAUGCGAGUUGCUAGGCACAAGGUUGCACACUACACCCCUCGAUGCAUUGGACGCAUACUUGGUUCUACUCCGAGUUUCUUAAACUGGAGGCCGCCGCGUCAGCCUGCCUUUGGCGUGCACCUUGGAGCUUCGCCUAGUGAAAGCGGGCUUACUCCGAAUCACACACCUUCGAGUUCUCCAUCAUCUCGCCGCGUUCCUUUUGUCAGGACAGUCUCGAUGCCGUCAGCACGUGUAAGUACGGCUCUUGUCCUACCAGUUGAAAAUCGGCGAGCGAAGACCUGCACGGCGUCUGCCCUGUCUCGUGUUGCAGCGAAGCUGCGAGAUGCUGAAUUAGAGGCAUCUCCACCCGAUGAGGGCGACAAUAGCCCUGCUGCCGAGCCGAAUAAUUCCACACAGCACGCUGCAUCUCAAUCUCCUGGGACUGAGCUCCUUCUAGAGCUUGAGGAGGUUUUUGAUGCAUGCGCUCCACCCAAAGGGUGUCUGUGUGAAGGGUCUUUCCAAAGAGUGGUGGCUCUCUUGAACGAACGGUUCGGUGUGGGAAUUCAAUGUCAUGACGCAGAGCGACUUCGGAUUCAAUGCGAGAACGGACGAGGCGAAGUUGACCGCGAGGCCUUUCUCAGAGAGGUGGGCACCCUCUUGAAAGCACUCAGGUCUUCUCAGGGCCUCUCACUCACGCAGCUUCGGAUCAUUAUGGCGACGGCGUUUGAACGCUUCGACACAGAUGCAGAUGGCAACAUCAGUGAGACCGAGUUUGCAGCCGCCUUAUCCAGUUGCGACAUCCAUUUGAGUGGGCGUGAAAUAGCAGUGCUUUUGAAGCUCCUGUCGCCGGGCUCCACGGACACGGUCUCUGUGAUGAGGGAGGACCUUACAUCGGCCAAGUCUCCGUCGAGCUUGGAGGAGCAAGUUCAGGCAGCUUUCGAAGGCGCACGCGAGAAUCUGGCCGAAGCUACGGGAUGGAACAGUGCACUGAAGAUGGCAGAGCGGUUCCUUGACGUCUUCAACGAGCCAGGCACCCCGAAGAGCCAGCUUUACCGCGCGAUUGCUGCUUUUGUCGGGAAGGAUGUGACAAGUGAGAUGUUGGCUGACACAAGCGAGCUUCUCAUCACCUUGGCAAGUGUGGUGCUUGUGUUGCAUGCCCAUAGCCCUGAAGGGCAGAUUCCGGCUGAAUGCGUGGGUCAGUUCGGAGUCCUUGCAGAUGACAUGACUGGUGCAUUCAACGAUCUUUUCGACUCCGGCCCAAUGGGACCGGUCCUGUUGUCAGGGCUCCUGGGAGCCUUCAAAUCCUUGCGGACUCAUGAGCAAGUGUCCCUGAGUGAGAGAGAGGCUUUGCUAUUUGCUCGUGGCUUUCACGACAGAGGCUGUUCUACAACUCUCUUUCAAAAGUUGCUGGCCUGUGGGCAUUGCCAAUGGACAUCUGCUGCAGCGGGAGACAUGUUGCAGGGAUCGACAACAGGGCAAGUUCAAGUUCUCGUGCGCGGGGAAGUAGAAAUGCAGAGUUCAGAGAAAUGUCUGACUAUCCAACCCGGCGAGGUCAUGAAGAGGUGCGGUGAUGGCGAAAAGUUGACGGCAUCUACCAGUGCAUUGUACGUCACCCUUGAUGUUGAACAGCUGGUCCAGUGCAUUCAGAACUCCUCCGACAGUCUCCUUGUCGCACUGGCCACGGAGCUUUUGGAUGAUGCCGGGAUCGAAGAAGGCGAAGUGGAAAGCCGUUUCGAAGUGGCACAAGACACCGGGGCAAGGUCUCAAAGCCCGGAAAGCCCGGAAAGCCCGCAAGGAUGGCUUUCGCCUCUCAAGGCGGCCCUGCAGGUGCAAGCCAAGCGAAAGGGCUUCUCAGUAUGCACAGAAAUCACCGAUGGCUUACAGCACAUCAUAUCACAAACGGAUAUUUCCUUGCCGGAGAAAUUAGAGAGGUGUCGCACACUGUUCCUCGACAAUGCAGAUGUUUUCGUUGAAAGCUUCGAGGCGCUGGUGGAUAUAACUGGAGCCUGUUCGGCACUUCUUGCUCUGUGGAACCAGUCUUCCACUCCGACACCGGAGAACAUUCUCCAGCUGGCUCCAAUAAUUAUUCUCCUCAGUCUAGUCCUUGUGCACGCUGCACGUCGUGGUGCAUCUACCGUUUUCAGCUCCCUGGGUGUGGCGAGUCCAUAG